AUGCGUGUGUGUUCAAAUGUCACAAAGACGGCUGCCACGGAGACGGGACUCAUGGGAACACCUGUGCUCUGUGAUGAGUGGUACCUGUGCAGGCUGACCCUGAGUGUGCCCACCCUGGCAGACCUGCAGUGGGGCAUGUUCCCUCAGCCCUACCUGGGCGCAGUGGGACCUGACGCCGCACCAGGAUCUGUGGUCUACCGCCUCACCGCCCGCCAAAGAGACGGCACAAUAGGAAACGCCCACUUCCUGCUAUUGGACGGCGGCGAGGAUUCGUUUGAGGUGGACCGCAGCUCUGGGGAGGUCAGGACCACGGGCCGACCCCUGACCCCCAGCAGGGAGUACAUGCUGAGGGUGCAGGCGGUGGACACGCAGGGCAGGAAGGGUCCCCCUACAACAGUGGCUAUCCUGGCAGGGUUCCGCCCCCCACAGUUCACCAACGCCUCCUACACCCUGACUGUCCCAGAGAACACGCCCGUGGGCCAAGCUGUGGCGAUGGUGGGGGCCAUCUCCUUCCAGAGGAAGACUCUGUCCUACAUGCUGCUGGUGAACCCUGGCAACCUGUUCAGUGUCAACCAGGAGAGUGGAGCUCUCAGCCUCACCCGGACAGUGGACUUUGAGAGUGGACACACACUCCACACACUGCAAGUCAGGGCCUCCGAGCCAGACACAGGCCUCAGCGGUGUGGCAGAGGUGGUGGUUCACAUCACAGAUGAGAAUGACUGCACCCCAGAAUUCCUCCACUCCAUUUACAGCCGGGAUAACAUUCCCGAAGCCACCGCGCCUGGAACGUCAUUGCUACAAGUUCUAGCGAGGGACUGUGACACGGGGCUCAACUCAGAGCUCUCCUACUUCAUCCAGAGUCCCGACUUUACCAUCUCUUCCAGGGGCGUGAUCAGCCCCAGCCAACGGUUGGACUACGAGCGGCCCAAUCACAUGUACGAGUUUGUGGUGGUCGCCGUGGACAACGGGACUCCACCCCGCACCGGGACCGCCUCCAUCCGGUUCAGAAUGGCCAAUACCAACGACGAGGCUCCCAUCUUCUCUCAAGCUGUCUAUAAGACGUUCUUGUCCGAGGACGCUGGUCCUGACACUCUGGUGGCCAUUGUUCACGCCAAUGACCCUGAUGGAGACGGGGUCUCUUACGCCAUCACUGGGGGCAACGAGGACAGUAACUUUGAGCUGGACAACCAGAAGGGCAUCAUCAAACUGCGCCGGAGCCCCCCUCCUAUCCUGCGUGGCCCCCAGUACAUCCUCAACAUUACCGCCACUGAUGACAACGCGGCAGACGGACCCUAUCCCCUCAGUAACUCCGCCCAGGUCAUAGUGGGCAUCAACGACAUCAACAACAACAAGCCUGUCUUUCAAGAGUGCCAUAACUACAGCGUCAACACCGGUGUCCUGGAGAACCAGCCCCCUGGGACUUUUGUCCUGCGUGUGCACGCCCUUGACGCAGACAUGGGGGUCAACGGAGAGGUCAAAUACGGGAUCAUGCACCGAGAUGGGACAUCAUCCGGCUUCGUCAUCAACUCUGACACAGGUGUGAUCAGCACCACGGUGAGUUUCGACCGCGAGCGCCAGAGAGAGUAUGCCCUGUCUGUCACGGCGACAGACUUGGCCCAGGAGCCCCUCAUCAGCAUCUGCCAGAUCACCAUCCUCAUCACCGACCAGAACGACAACGACCCCAAGUUUGAGAACAGCCGCUACCAGUACUUCCUGCGCGAGGACACGCCGGUGGGGACUAGCUUCCUGCGAGCAGCGGCACACGAUGACGACCAGGGGAGUAACGCGGCUAUCACCUACUCGCUGUCCCGUCAGCAGCCGGCCUACCUGCACAUCAACCCCAGCACAGGCUGGGUGUACGUCAACCACCCCAUCUCACAGACGUCGAGGAUCAGCCAGCAGAUCGUGGCCACAGACGGGGGCAACAGGAGCAGCUCUGUGGAGCUGACCGUCAUCAUCACCAACGUGCACAACCAGCCGCCCCAGUGGGGGCAGCUAGAGUACUGGGUCACCGUGCCCGAGAACACAGUUCGCGAUGCCAAGAUAGUGACUAUCAAGGCCACCUCUCCGCUGGGUGACCCCAGAGUGACCUAUAACCUUGAGGAGGGUCAGGUCCCGGAGACCAACAUGCCUGUCCGCUUCUACAUCAAACCCAACAGGGCUGAUGGCUCUGCAUCCAUACUGGUGGCUGAACCUCUGGACUAUGAGACCACGCGCUUCUUCACACUUAGGGUCAGAGUGCAGAAUGUAGCUGCUGUUCCACUGGCCUCUUUUACUACUGUCUACGUCAAUGUUACAGAUGUAAACGACAACGUUCCCUUCUUCCUGUCCUCCACCUAUGAGGCUACCAUUCCAGAGGGGGCAGAGAUCGGAACAUCGGUGGCCCAGGUUUCUGCUACGGACCUUGACUCAGGCCUCCAUGGAAUGAUAAACUAUGUGAUCUUGAAGGACGAGAGUGGAGACUCUCAGUACUUCAGUAUUAACUCCUACACUGGGGUCAUACACACCCGGGCCUCGUUUGACCGUGAGCAGAAAGGUUCCUACCUCAUAGAGGUCCAGUCUCAGGACAGCUCAGAGUCAGCCAGGCCUGGACAGCAGGGCCAGCCCAACACUGACACGGCCUACGUACGGAUCCUUGUGACGGACGUCAACGACAACGCUCCAGCUUUCGCCCAAUCGGUGUACGAGGUGAGCGUGGAGGAGGACAAGGAGGUGGGCUUCGUCCUCAUCACCGUGACAGCCAAUGAUGAAGAUGAAGGUGCCAAUGCCAAACUCCGCUACCAGAUCACCUCUGGCAACACCAUGGGCACCUUUGACGUGGAGCCAGAGGUGGGCACCAUCUUCGUGGCCCAGCAUUUAGACUACGAGAUGGAGCAGCGCUACGAGCUGAGACUGGUGGCCUCCGAUGGGAAAUGGGAGAACGAGAGCCUAGUGGUGGUCCAGGUGGUGAACCGCAACGACGAGGCGCCGGUCUUCGGCCAGACAGAGUACCACGCCGCUGUCACAGAGGAGCUGAUUGAGCUGCCCAUCUUCGUGCUGGAGGUCUCAGCCACCGACCCAGACCAGGAGGCAGACCAGAGCGCCCUGCGCUACUCCCUCCACGGCCAGGGAGCCGGCAGUGAGUUCACCAUCGAUGAGCGUACGGGCCACAUCUACGCCCAACGCCGUCUGGACCGUGAGGAGCGCCCGGCCUGGCGUUUCCUGGUCCUGGCCACCGAUGAGGGAGGGGCGGGACUCACUGGCUUCGCUGACGUCCUUUUGGAAGUCCGUGACAUCAAUGACAACGCACCAGUUUUCCCAUGCCCGGCGCUGGAUGCUUUAGGCUGCUUUGUUGGCCACGUGCCUGAGAACUCUCCCGCCGACACCUCCGUGAUGGAGAUGAGGGCCAUGGAUUUAGAUGACCCCAAGGCCGGCAAGAAUGCCAUACUGACCUAUCGCAUCGUACAAAACGUUCGCAAUGAGAUCAACCUCAAUCUGUUCUCCAUCAACCCUUCAACUGGAACCAUCAGUACAGUUCUACGGUCUCUGGAUCGUGAGGUGGAGGACCGCUAUCUGGUUGUGGUUGAGGCCAGGGAUGGUGGGGGCUUGUCCGGGACUGGAACGGCUACUAUCAUGGUGUCAGAUGUGAAUGACCACCCACCAGUCUUCACCCAGAGGGUCUACACUGCCCAGGUGGCGGAGGACCUAGAGGUGAACAGCGAGGUUCUGGCGGUUUCCGCCAGCGAUGGCGACCAGGGUGAGAACGCAGUGGUCACUUUCAGCAUUGUUGGGGGCGACGAGGACAGGAAGUUCUUUGUGGAGACAGACAAGGCGAACCGGCGUGGUGUGGUGCGGCUGAAGAAGAAGAUGGACUUUGAAAAGCCCCACGAGAGAACGUUCAACUUGACUGUGAAGGCGGAAGACGCAGACUUCUUCAGCCUGGCAUACUGCCUGGUUCAGGUGGAGGAUUCCAACGACCACGCACCCGUCUUCUUCCCACAGUUCUAUGAGGCUCCUGCCAUGUCUGAGGACGUGUCUGUUGGCACCAUUGUGGCUCAAGUCACCGCUGCCGAUCUGGACUCAGGACUAAAUGGCCGCUUCUCCUACAGCAUCGCCAAAGAGUCUGACCCCUAUGGGCAGUUCCUGGUGGACCAGUCAGGCUGGGUGGUAGUGGCUGACUCUCUGGACCGGGAGAAGGUGUCCCAGCACAGACUCAUGGUCCUGGCCACCGACACAGGCAACCCGCCACUCACCGGCACCGCCAUCGUCAUGGUUACCGUACUGGACAUCAAUGACAACGGGCCAGAGUUUGAGGUGCCCUAUAAGCCCAUUGUGUGGGAAAACAUGGCUGCCCCCCAGGCGGUGAGAAUGAACGACACAUCCCUGCUUCUCCACGCAGCCGACCGCGACUCCUCACCCAAUGGUGGACCGUUUUCCAUCCGUCUCCUGAUGUUAACCUCCGAUGCUACCAACUUCAACCUGACCGACCUGCGCAACGGUAGCGCUGCACUGACUACCCUGCGAACCUUUGACCGUGAACGCCAGAAGGAGUACCGCCUUCCCGUUCUCAUGAUUGACAGCGGCUCUCCUCCAAUGAGCUCAACCAGCACAUUGACGGUUGUCAUCGGCGACAGGAAUGACCACCCCCACUCUCCGGGCCACACAGACUUCUUCGUGUACAGCUACCAGGGUGUUCUCCCCACAACAGUGCUUGGACAGGUUCAAUCCCCUGACCUUGACGACUGGAGCGAAAAGGUUUACAGAUUCAAAGGCAAACCACCCAGCGGGAUGUUCAGUCUGAACCACAACUCAGGCCAGUUGAUUAUCAGAGAGGGAGUCCCUGUGCCAGUGGGUUCCUACAGCCUGGAGGUGCGUGUCUCAGACAAGACCUGGCCCGAUGUGACCUCCACUGCAGAGGUCGUCGUCAUGGAGCUGGACGAGGAGGCGGUCCAGAAUGCUGGCUCUUUGCGCCUGUCCAACAUCACAGUGGAACAGUUCUUCAGCAGUGCACCGGGUCAGGAGAGUCCUUUCUCCCGCCUGGGUCGUCUCCUCUCUGAGCUUCUCCAGACCGACCGGGACAACGUCCACAUCUUCUCUGUCGCCAAUGGCAACCGCCAGGGUGAGCGCGAGGUCAACGUGUGGUUCGCCGCCCACGGCUCGCCGUACUACAAGGCCGAGAAACUCCACGGCAAUGUGAUGGUGCAUAAAGCUAAGUUGGAAGCAGCACUGGGUGUGUCUAUCUCCCAGGUGGGCGUAGACGAGUGUCCCUACACAGACUGCAGUCAGUCGGGCGGCUGCAGCAGUGACGUCACCUUCAGCCUCACCCCCACCGCCCUCAGCUCUGGGAACACCUCCCUGGUGUCUGUCUCCGCCUCCUCUGAGGCACGCUGCGGCUGCAGGGCCAGAGAGAGCCUGCACCAGGCUUGCUCCUCCUACCCCCACAACCCCUGCCUCAACGGAGGCACCUGUCAGGACAGCGAGCUGGGAUACAGGUGCAAGUGUCCACCCAUGUUUGACGGGCCUGAGUGCCAGCAGACCAAGCACACCUUCCGCGGCCAGGGUUACGCCUGGUUCCCUCCCAUCAGGCCUUGCUUUCAGAGCCACAUCUCAAUGGAGUUCAUAACCGAGUCAGCCAAUGGGCUGCUGCUCUACAACGGCCCUCUAGGCCCCGCCCAGGCCGGAGAGCAGGAGGACUACAUCGCUCUGGAAUUGAGGAAUGGCGUUCCGACCCUCAGCAUCAGCCAUGGAUCGGGAACACUGACGCUCCAGCUCCCAGCGAGAUCCACCGUCACGGACCGCCGAUGGCACCGCCUGGACAUCAUCAGUGACGGAAAGGCAGUUCAGCUGAUCCUAGACCAGUGUUCGGGGGCAGUGGUGAACGAGGUGGAGGGUCUAGUGGUGGAGGUGCUGGAGACAGAUCAGUCUGGCUGCAAGGCUUCUGGAGAGACCCCUGGCAACCAGAGGUUCCUGAAUGUGAACCAGCCUCUCCAGCUGGGUGGGGUGAAGGAGACCUCCACUCACAGACGCUACAAAGCUUUCACUGGCUGCCUCAGGAACCUGGUGGUCGAUAGCAAGGUGUAUGACCUGGGAAUUCCGGGGGAGAGCUUGGAUAGUUCCCCAGGCUGUGGCUUGACAGACGGGGUGUGUGUGACAGCGGGCGGACCCUCCUGUGGCGUCCACGGGACCUGCCUGGGCGAGUGGGGCUCCUUCAGCUGUGACUGCCACCCCGGGUACAGCGGGCACAAGUGUGACAAAGCUCUACCAGAGUGGUCCUUCGACAGGGACAGUGUGCUACGCUACCAGCUGAGGGGGGGAGGUAGCCCCCGUCGUACACACAUCCAGCUCCUGCUCCGCACACGCUCCUCCUCUGGCACCCUGCUCUCCAUGACGUCCCGCGAUGCCAACGAGUACAUCAUCCUGGAGAUCAUAGAUGGCCACCUGUUGGUGCGUGCCAACCUGGGCGACGGUGCCCAUUCCCUCCGCCUGGCCAGCCAGCGGGUCGACGGGGGCCAGUGGGUCCUCGCCAGCUUGCAUCGUCAUGACAACCUCUUCACGCUGCGCCUGGAGCAGGGCGGUGGCUCGCGGGAGGCCAGGGCCUGGCUGGGGAACAGGCGGGAGAUUGUGGUGCACCCCUCCAGUGUGCUGCUGGGGAAUGAACCCACCCCAGGACAAUAUGCUGACUUCCAGGGCUGCCUGCGGGAUGUGAGGCUGAACGGCCACUCCCUCCCUCUGGAUGGUCAGAGUACAGAGUUCAGCACAGUGUUGGAGCGGAGGGGGGUGACCUCAGGCUGUCACUCAGACGCAUGCAGUGCUAAGCCCUGCCGCAGCCCCCUCUACUGUGUGGACCUGUGGAGGAAACACCAGUGCAGGUGUCCAGGUGGCCAGGUGACGGUGACAGACGAGACAUCAGGCCACCACCGCUGUGUGCCCUCCCCCUGUGGACCCUCGGCCUGCCGUAACAGGGGCACCUGCCACGCCCUGACCCCCGACAGCUGGCAGUGCCGUUGCCCCGAGGGGUUCAGAGGUCAGCGGUGUGAGGUGGGCCAGAUGAAAGCCCACCGCAUGGCCGCCCUCAGCCCGGGCUCCAUCCUGGUCAUCAGCAUGUGUCUGCUCGUCUUCUUCGCUGUGCUGGUAGCUGUGACCGUGUGGAACCAGAAGGGCAGUCGUAGUAAGUUCCAGAAGAGGGGUGUGUACCACAUCCCCGCAGAACACCAGAGCUGGGAGGACAUCAGAGAGAACAUCCUCAACUACAACGAGGAGGGAGGAGGAGAGCAGGACCAGAAUGCCUAUGACAUCACUGAGCUGAAGAGGCCCCUGUGUUCCAGCCUGUCCCAGUCCUCAUCCUGCACCACCGCCCCCCUCAUCAAGUCCUCCCAGGGCUCCCAGGAGGAGGUGCACCCUGCUGGCUCAGCCUGCAGCUCGGGGGCCCCCUACCUCCACAUCCCCCAACCGCCACCACCACACACCAUGCUAGCAAUGCAAGCUAUACUAAUGAUAGUAAUGAUGCUCAUGCUAGCUCCGUGGGCCACUGCCCCAUGGACUUCAAGAGCUACGUGGCGCGCAUCAUCUGGGAGGCCGACAACGACAGUCAGGCGUUCCAGCCGGACAGCUAUCACGUCUGGAGCAUCGAGGGCGCCGGGUCCCCGGUUGGUAGCCUCAGCUCGCUGGGUUCUGCUAUCUCCCACGACAAAGCAGAGGAAGAGGAGGGAGCAGCCUUCAGCUACGACCGGCUGUCCCACUGGGGGGACAAGUUUGAGGCUCUAAGCGAAAUGUACGAGCGACCGGCGCUGGCGCUUACAUACAGGGACGCUUUGAGUUACAGCCAGAGUCAGAGGAGCCGUAGUCAGGAUCACCUGCCACACCCAUUUUAGGGUCCUCAUAAACCACAACCCAUCAUACAGCGCAACCCUGACUGACUUAGUACCUGCUAGUGAUUGUGUAUGGUGUGUCAAUGCUGGUUGGUUGAAAGGGAAACAAAGCACACAGAAAAUUGGCUCCUGUUAUUUUUUAUUCAUGUUGACAGGUUUGCUGAAGCUUUAUGUGGUGGAAAAGGGGUUAGAAGUCUUAGUGAGAUGAAUUUAUUUAUUCCGUUUUAUUUCUCUUGGUGAAGUGUUGAAACUGUAUUUAUUUUAGCUCUGAAAUUAUGUUGAACCAACGGGGACAAUGUUGUUCUUCUACAUUAUAAGGACUUUGAACUCAAUGUGUCAAAUCUAUAAUUUACCGGUACCCCUUUAUUUUGUAUUAUAACGUUUUUGUUUCAGACAUCCUAUUGGAUCAAGACAGUCAUGCGAAGGAAACGGGCAAAUGGAGAAGCUCUGAUUUGUUCCUUUACAACAUUCUAUCCUGUGAGAAUAUAUAUGGACAGCAUUUUAGCCCUACACAGGGGGAGUUCACCUUCUUCAGUUGAGCAGGAGGUAGAUAUGAUCUAGGAGGUACCUUAUAUAACUAAAGGAACAUUUAUUAGACGAAGAAAGCAGUGAAUACCACAUCGUGUUGCUUGUUCCUUGAUAUGUAUAAAUUAUGAGUAACUCAUAUGCAAGAGAUUAUAGAGCCUCUAGACUACUGUCAAAUACUUUCCCUUUCAAUCACGGUCUAAUUGCACUAGUGGAUGAUUCUCAGUCUUGAUUGCAGAAUCCAUUUGCCAAAAAAUAACUACAAACCUUAAAAUGCUUAGAACGGUAAAAGCAUUGUUGAUAUGCCUGGUGAGAAACCUUCACUUGGCAUCAAUUAUGUGUAUUAUAGAAUAUAAUUAUGGGUUUCAGAUAGGAAAUAUUUUUAUACUCCAAUAUAGAUAUAAUGAACCCAGCCCUUGUGGUGCACUGUGUUGCUGUGUCUUAUCAGGACGUGCUGGGUGGUGUUCCUUUCUUCUAUUUCUAGCUCUAUGUUGGUUCAGAUAUGGUGUUGUGUGAUGCCAAUCAUUUCUGACACUUCCUGUCUCUAUCGUCUUGGAAACGAGAGGGUAGGAUGACCCCACAGUGUCAUGACAACGUCUGAUGAAUGUGUUGUGCUAAAGGAGCAAAUACAGGGAGGUGUUGGCUGGGGAGGAAUAGUUGUGAGUAGUCAAAGAAAAGUCAAAACAGUACAAUCACAGAAACUCCAUUGCCAACAAUUAUUUUACAAAUGAUCUGAUUGAAAUUGUUCUGAUUUUUGUUGCAGUAGGUAGACAGAAACUCCCAAAAACUAGCUCUCCAAAAUGUCUUCACUUUAUGAUUUUGUUCUUGAUAGCUCCUAUGUAUAGCUGUAUAAACAAAUAUCCCAUCUUUUCCAUGGCUGUAGAGUUACUUUGAUGCACAGUGGGGACAAAGUGAGAACCAGGAACACCACACUAACAAACACACUGAUAAAAUCCCUUCUGGGUGUUAU